UGUUUGAAGAGUUUCUGCUGCGGCAACCGGACACUUUAUUAAGUCCGAGCAGAGGAAAGCAUGCGCUGAUGCACUAUGGGAGGUUCAUCCACUAGCAUUUAAACUCAGGUAACAUGUCAUUCGUUUAUUAUGUAGAACGUAUUUAGUUAGAACAGACUUUGACAUGUUAUACAGUACUGCAGCGAGUUCCAAUAAUAUUAGACCGGCGUCUCCUCAUUAUGAAUGAAUGAGUCGUUCAGGGAAGUUCGAGUGAAAAUGGGUGAUGAAUCAAAGCAAGCGGACGGAGAGGUGAACGAUAACAAGUAUUUCCCAAAAACAGACUCCACCGAUGCAGAGGUGACUUUUGAAUACCGAAACACACCGCCGGAAACGCGUUUAUAUAAAAAGAGAUGGGUCAUAGUGCUUUUAUUCAGCUCGUACUCGCUGUGUAACUCCUAUCAAUGGAUUCAAUACGGAAUCAUCAACAAUAUCUUCAUGCGCUUCUACGGCGUGGACUCUUUCACCAUUGACUGGAUGUCCAUGAUUUACAUGUUGACGUACAUUCCGCUCAUUUUCCCCGUCUCUUGGCUCUUGGAUAAAAAAGGGCUGAGGGUCAUCGCGCUCGUGGCCGCCGCUCUGAAUUGCACGGGCACGUGGAUCAAGGUGGCCAGCGCGAGACCGGACCUUUUUCCGGUCACAUUUUUGGGUCAGUUCACUUGCUCGGUGGCUCAGGUGUUCAUCCUCGGGAUGCCCUCGCGCAUCGCGUCGGUGUGGUUCGGAUCGGAAGAAGUGUCCACUGCAUGCUCCAUCGGGGUCUUCGGAAAUCAGUUGGGGAUCGCCAUAGGCUUUUUAGUUCCACCAAUACUGGUUCCAAAUGUGGACGAUCUGGACAAGUUGGCGGCUUACAUCAGAGUCAUGUUCUACAUCACGGCGGGGGUGGCCACCUUCCUGUUUGUACUGGUUAUUAUCGUGUUUGAGGAGCGUCCGGAGAUCCCUCCCACCCACUCUCAGGCCGCAUCCCGGCGGAUCUCUCCCGAGAGCUACUCAUACACAGCAUCCAUCCUCAGGCUGCUCCGCAACAAAGCCUUCAUCCUCCUCGUCAUCACUUACGGGCUGAAUGUUGGCUGUUUCUAUGCUGUCAGUACGCUUCUCAACCGAAUGAUCAUUGAACACUAUCCUGGAGAGGAGGUGAACGCCGGCAGGAUCGGCCUCACCAUCGUGAUCGCUGGCAUGGUGGGAUCCCUCAUCUGUGGGAUCUGGUUAGACCGAUCUAAGACGUACAAACAAACGACUUUAGCCGUGUAUGUGAUGUCGCUUGUGGGUUUGGUGCUUUAUGCUUUUACCCUGGACCUGGGUCACCUGUGGGUGGUCUUCAUCACAGCAGGAGCUCUCGGGUUCUUCAUGACGGGUUACCUUCCCCUCGGUUUUGAGUUUGCAGUCGAAUUGACUUACCCAGAGUCGGAGGGGACGUCUUCGGGUCUUCUGAACUGUUCUGCACAGGUAUUUGGGAUCAUUUUUACGAUCUGUCAGGGGAAAAUCAUGGACUCUUUUAAUACUCUGGCUGGGAAUCUGUUCUUGUGUGCCUUCCUCCUGAUAGGAACCAUAAUUACAGCCUGUAUUAAGUCAGAUCUACGCAGACAGCUGGCAAACCAGCAAGCACUGGCAGCUAACGACAACAAAGAAAAGGAAGAAAAGAUAAUGCAACUUAAAAAAUUAAGUGUAAUGACCUAUGACAGAACAGUAGAACAUUGAGUGGAAAAUGCAUACAAAGAAAAAUACUAAUUUAACUGCUCAGGCAGCAUUGGGCAGGUCAGACGUUCAGGAUCACAGUGGGACGUCUCUCCUUCCCUCCACACACAUGUGAUCAAUCAAUUACUGCCUGAUUUUAUUGCUCACUGUGGUUCAGGUAUGGGUGGCAAACGCGAUCAGCCCUUCUGAUUCACGAUCGAUAAGGCUCGUUUUAAUUCUUGCUUAUGAAGUGAUUCAGAUGUGCUUUUGAUUCUCUCUCAGAGAGCAAAGUUCAUGAUUUUUUUGCCUACUCUGUCUGAACGCUUCACCCUUGAGCUUUGUACGUGUGUGUGCGUGUGUGUGUGUUCAUUGUAGCUUGGUGCUCGACGUGUACUAACAUUUAACCUUCGUUUAAUCCACUAACAUACUAACUGCAGAGGUAUGCAUGCAACUGGUUUGUGGCCAACAGGGGGCGCAAUUUUACUGAUUAUCUAUUAGUGAUGAUGUGUUUUAUGUUUGCAGGGCCCUGUGGAAGUGUCAUCGGCACAAGCUUUAGAAGCCAAACUCUAAUGUGAUCCAGGGACGGAUUGUGUUUAUCCGGCCUUAAAUUUCGAACUUUUGAAUUGUUAUUUGGUUUGUGUUUGUGUUUGUGUGUGUAUGUUCAUUUGAACUGUGUUGAGAGUUUAUAACAGCCAGGGACUGAUCGUUUUUUUUAGUUUUUUUUUUUUGUUUUGUUUAUUUGUCUUUUUGCAUGUUGUGAUCAUUUGAGUUAACUUGAUCACUAAUCAUCUCAAAUAGGAUAUAUUCUAUUUUUAUAAACUAGUUUAUCAAUUGAUGAUUUAAUUUAUUAAUGGUAACAUAAAUUGCAUUUCAUUAAACAAUUUCUUAUUGCAUGUAAAAAAAUUUAAAUUUAAAAAAUAAAAAUAAAUCUGAUGAAACUCAUAAGAAUGUGGAGCAUUUCAAUAUUGUCUGAACUUUAUAAUAGAAACCGAAGCAACACCAUUAAGAACUGUUUUAUUUUUAUACAGUCGUUUAAUUUUUUUUUUUACUUUAA